AUGUCUCGCCGACCGGGCAAUGACAGGGCGGCUCAAAAUGCCCAGACCCUCAAAGCCCUGGUCAAACUUGAAGGAAACAAAAUGUGCGCAGACUGCAAAAGGAACAAACACCCACGAUGGGCCAGUUGGAAUUUGGGAGUCUUUGUCUGCAUUCGCUGCUCAGGAAUACACCGAGGCAUGGGCACUCAUAUCAGCCGGGUCAAAUCGGUGGAUCUAGAUGCGUGGACAGACGAGCAACUCCAGAGUGUGCUCAAAUGGGGUAACGCAAGAGCGAACAAGUAUUGGGAGGCAAAGCUGGCUCCAGGGCACGUGCCGUCCGAGGCCAAGAUCGAGAACUUCAUCCGCACCAAGUACGAGUCCAAGAGAUGGGUGAUGGAUGGUCCCAUGCCCGAUCCCUCGACCUUAGAUGCUGAGGGAGAUGAUAAUGUGCCGCUCAGCAUUGUUCAGGAGAAGGCCAAGAUUGAAAGAUCGGCUUCUCAGCGACAGGCCCCAAGCCAGCCACCACCGCAGCCUGCUCCUGCGGCCAAUGUGAAUCUCUUUGACGACUUCACACCACCACCGGCCAGACCAAGCACGGCAGAUAUUCCAGCCUCCAGGCCAACACGAACUGGUCCACCACCUCCGGCUCCAGCUGCCAGACCUGCAGCCAAACCACAAGACUCUCUUCUUGGGUUGGACUUCUUCGGUGGCUCAUCCACCGCUGGCAUCGGGCGCCCUUCGAGCGCGGCUUCUAAUCCCACAACCGGUACAAACAGCCGAGGAGACCUGAAGAAUUCUAUUCUGUCGUUAUACUCGAGUGCACCUAAGCCUCAACCAGCACCGCAGGCCCAGCACGAUCGGCAGCCCUCCUUUGGUGGAAUGCCAUCCAUGCCAGCUGCAAAGCAAGAUGCGUUUGGUGGACUCGCCGAUGCGUUCAGUGGAUUGAGCUUUCCCGGCACGAAUGCUACCACCGCAAAACCUCCUGCUCCACAGCCAUCAUCUGCAUUUUCCGGAUUUGGGAGCAUGACCAGCCCUGUCGUGGGAUCCACAGCAACUCCUUCUGCGCCUCAAGUUACGUCUCCACCUCCUCUGAGUGGAGGCAGCUUUUUCGACAGCAUACCAUACAAGGCGCCUGCCGUCAAGCCAACAGUCACAUCACCGUCAGCUCUGAACGGAUUGGAUUUCUCUUUUACUCAACGAGCACCGCCCCCAAAAACAGCGGCAGCCCCUGCACCAAAGCCCGCUGCUCCGUCAAUCCCUGCUGAUCUGUUCGCUGCAGACGACUUCGGGGGGUUUACCAGUUCUACGCCUGCCUCCCCUCCCAAGGCCGCUCCGGCUCCCGCUCAAGUGCCAGCUCCCCAAGUUACAUCACCCGCAACCAGCAAGUCGGCAUUCGAUUCACCUUUCAAUCUAUCUGCCCAGCCAGCACCAGUGGCGGCCCCCAAUCCUGCGUCACAACCAUUCAAAGCACCGGUUGUCCCGCCAAGCAGUUCAUCUAUGUUUGACCCUUGGUCUUCAGGCGCUGAUAGCAGUCCGUGGGGAGCACCGGAGCCGGCGCCCUCGAAGCCAGCGCAGCCGAAGGUGGAGCUAGGAAAAGUACCAUCACGUAUUACGCCUAAUGAUAUUGCUGGAGGAUGGGGUGAGCCGAUCCCGUCAAACAAUAAACCAGCGCGGCAAGCGUCUGUCACGGCGGAUGAAGAUUUUGGAGGAUGGGCAUCAGCAUCCACGACACAAACACCGGUUGCUCCCCCAUCAAAGCCCAGUGGUGGCUUUGGCGGCGGCUCUGAUCCAUUUGAUAACCCAUGGGGUUAG